AUGAGCACACGUUUAGCCAGAUGCGACCCACGGCUGUUGGAUUUUGUCACUUGGGCUGUACUAAAAGGAUGCCGCUUGUUCCAGCGUGUUCAUAUAACGCCAUUGGGGCUUAUGGCAACAAGCACAAUACCUGCGUACGACUUCGUGGCUGUUGUGCCUACCUCUGCGACGCUGAGUGUCAUCACUGUGGCGGAGGACCAGUCGUUCCCGCUGAAGGUUUCACCUGAGAAUCAUGGUGAUGAACUUGCAUUCUGGCCAGACCUCACGUGGGGGUCAUUUGUCUUGAUUGGGUACCUUGCUAAGGCGCUACGGACGGGCUAUCCGCGGGGUGUGCGCAGCUACUUGGACGUGUUACCGUUCGACCAGGGCAUGCCUAUAGGUCGUGUCGCUGAUGUUGCACAAAAGUCGCACGGUUACAAGGAGUUGGUAGCACCUCUCAAAAAUGCUUGUAAGGCACAAGAUGCUGACUUUAAUUUAGCCUUUAGACAUGCGUACUGUCUUUUUCGGCGACAUGCGAUACCGUUCUGGAGCAAUACAGAGGUGGGAAGUGGGGGUCACCCAGGCUUUCAACGAUCCCCUUUUGCUGAGUCAGGGCAUGGUGACAUUAUUGGUAUGGUCCCAGUACUGGAUCUCGCACUGCACUCACCAGAGCCCAAUGCGGCCAUCGGUUACCCUGACACUGAUAUGCUGCAGUGGUUGGCACAAGAGAAAAAGGCUGGGAUACAGAUGGAAAAGGGUUACUUUGUCAUGCAGGCUCUACGAGAGAUUCAUGAGGGCGAGACUAUUUCGGUAGACAAGAAUGCAUACUUUAACUUUGAUGAUGCCAUGUUCAAGGCGUGGUUCGGUUACCCGAAUGCAUCGCAGCUUCUUCAGGGCAAGAAUGGAGCGAAGGUGAGUACGGAUAACUCUGAAUAUACUCUGGAACCGUGA